AUGUCUCUGAGAGGUGAUGUGUGUGUGGUGACGGGAGCCAGCGGAUUCCUGGGAAAGAAGCUGCUGAGGCUGCUGCUGGAGGAGGAGAGGACAGCUGAGAUCCGACUGCUGGACACACACGUCCAGCCUCAACUUCUACACAACCUGCAGGAUUGUAGAGGCGAGAAAACAUUGAGUGUGUUUGAAGGGGACAUCAGAGACGCUAGUUUCGUGAGAAAAGCUUUACGUGGUGCAUCAACUGUAUUCCACAUUGCAUCUAUCAUUGAUGUGACUGGGUCGGUGGAGUACAGUGAGCUUUAUGCAGUCAAUGUCAAAGGAACUCAGGUGCUUUUGGAGGCAUGUAUCCAAGAGAAUGUGGCGUCCUUUAUCUACACCAGCACGGUGGAAGUAAUGGGGCCAAACCCCAGAGGAGAAUCGAUAAUCAAUGGCAAUGAAGACACGAUUUAUGAAAACACUCUGAAAUUCAGCUACAGCAAAACCAAAAAAGAGGCUGAGGACAGAACCCUCCAGGCAAACGGUGAGGUGCUAAAGAACGGAGGCCAUCUUGCCACAUGUGCCCUCAGGCCCAUGUACAUCUAUGGAGAUGGCUGCCGCUUCCUGCUGGGCCACAUGAGGGAUGGGAUACAAAACAGGGAUGUUCUGUAUCGCAUGUCUGAACGAGAAGCUCAUGUAAACCCGGUCUAUGUGGGAAAUGUGGCCUAUGGUCAUCUGCAAGCAGCCCGAAGCCUGAAAGAUCCACAGAAAAGGAACAUUGUUGGAGGGAAGUUUUAUUUCAUUUCUGAUGACACACCACCUGUGAGUUAUUCAGACUUUAACCACGUUCUGUUGUCUCCUCUGGGCUUCAGCAUUCAGGAGAAGCUCCUGCUGCCGCUGUGCUUCUUCUACAUAUUGUGUUUUAUUUUGGAGACACUUUGCAUGAUACUUCGACCUUUCAUACACAUCGUCCCACCAAUAAGCCGCCAGCUGCUCACCUUGUUAAACACAAAAUUCACCUUCUCCUAUCAGAAGGCCAAGAAGGAUCUUGGCUAUGAGCCCAAAUACAGCUGGGACGAAGCACGCAAGCGCACCACUGAGUGGCUCGCCUCACAGCUGCCACUGGAGAGAGAAAAACUUCUGUCCAAAUAA